UAAGUACUCAAAUUCAACGAGGAGAGAUAAAGGUUAGAGAAUUCAGAAGGUGUACCGAAUUUUUAUUUUAAUUUGAUCAAACUAAUUGGCGCAAUCGCAGGAAAGUCAUUCUUUUACUUCUAGACUGUUCCAUCAAUUUGCUCGUCCUCUAUCUGAUCUCUAACUCCCUUUUACCUCAUCAAUCUCUUGUUGGAGAGAGAGAGAGAGAGAGAGAGAGAUGGGUGACAUUGAUGUUGAUUUUUUCCUGGGGACCUUGAAGAAGCUUAUAAUGAGCUCCAAGGUUGAAUCAAUCAUAAAAGAGAACCAUCAGUUUGAAUCUCUUGAGGAGGAGAUAAAGUAUAUGAGAGGAUUCCUCAAGGUUACGGAGAAGAAACGCAACAAGCAUUUAGGAGUGAUGAAUCUGGUGAGGCAGAUCAAAGACGUGGUAUCUGAGGCAGAGAACAUCAUUGAACUCAUUGUAGUUGAAGCUUUCAAGGCUAAGUAUCAGCAUCAUAUUUCCAUUGACCUUGAAAGUGUCAGAAUGGAGAUUAAGACUCUUACGGCUGAGGUAAAACAGAUUUACGACGAGAAUAUGUGUGACAUUAAUGGCGUAGCAGGCAAAAAACUCGAGCACUCUUUUUCCAAAAGUGAAGGAGGUUCAAGUUCAUCUAGAGGGAGCAACACAUCCAAAGUGGCAGAAGCGAAGGUGGUGGUUGGUUUCAAGGAGGAAGUAGAGACAUUAAUGGGAAAGCUUCAUGACAGUGGAGAGGGUGGACGACUGGAGAUAAUAUCAAUCGUCGGUGCAGCUGGAGGUGGCAAAACGACUCUGGCUAGAGAAGUGUAUGAUCAUCCUUUGACGUCACAUACCUUUGAAAUUCGUGCAUGGGUCAAUGUUUCUCAAGAUUAUGAUACGACUAUUAAGAGGAAUUUGUUUAUUCCUAUUUUGGAAAUAGCUUCCCCUAAAAAACAAGGAGAUUACGAGAAGAGUAGUGAGGAUAAAUUGGGAGAAGACACGCACAAAUGCUUGAAGGGUAAGAAAUAUCUCAUUAAGAGUAGUGAGGAUAAAUUGGGAGAAGUCAUGCACAAAUGCUUGAAGGGUAAGAAAUAUCUCAUUGUCCUGGAUGACAUAUGGGGCAUUGAAGCCUGGAAUGAUAUCCAAAGAUCACUCCCUAAGGAAUGCAAUGGCAGUAAAGUGUUGUUCACUAGUCGAGAACUUUUUAAACCUCAUAGCAUCCACUACGUCCCUCAUUAUUUGGCUCCCUUACCAGAAAGUCGCAGUUGGGAGUUGUUAGAAAAGAAGGUAUUCGGGAAGAAAUCUUGCCCACCGGAGCUGGUUGGCAUUGGUGAGCAGAUAGCAAAAAAAUGUGGAGGACUACCACUCAUGAUUGUCGUAAUAGCUGGCAUUCUGAAAGUUAGAGACAAGACACUCAACAUGUGGGAGGAAGUUUCCAAACAUUUAAGUUCGAUCAUUGCCAAAAACCAGGACGACUACAUGGAGAUACUAGAACUUAGUUACAAUUACCUGCCUCUUCAUUUGAAAGCAUGUUUUCUUUAUGUUGGAGGAUUCCCCGAAGAUUCUGAAAUCCUCGUACGCGAGUUGAUAUGGUUAUGGAUCGCAGAGGGAUUUAUUCAGCCCAUUGAAGGGGAUAAACGCUUGGAGGACAUAGCAAAAGAUUACUUAAAUAGUCUUAUAGAUAGAAGUCUCGUAAUGGUAGCUAGGAAAAGGUCCGUUGGAGGAAUUAAAGCAUGCCGUAUGCAUGAUCUUUUGCGUGAAUUAUGCUUGAAAAAAGCCGAGGAGGAUACUUUCCUUUUGCAAAUUUACAAGGAUGCUUUUUUACGUCAUGAUGCAACUUACCAUCGUCGCCUCUUCAUUGGCAGCCAGUUCUUUCGUAAGUACUUUUCCUUCAUGCCUCAUACUCAAAACCUUCGUUCUCUUCUGUGCCUCGUCUCGCGAAACUCCACUUUUAAAUGCCCUGAAACAAAUUUGGCAUUCUUUGUUGAAAACUUUGAACUUCUCAGGGUGUUGUGUUUUAUCUCCGAUGAAUGUGAAGGAGAUAUAGCACAUCUAGUUCAUUUGAGAUACUUGGCACUUAAUUUACCAGUUCACACAUCGAACUUUGCAUCUCCAUUUUCCAACCUCUUCAACCUAGAAACCCUUUACCUCCGAGCUCGGUCAAGUGGCUUGAAUUUGAAAACCAUUCUAUUGCCUCGCGAUACAUUUAAGAUGGUUAAGUUGAGGCAUCUAUAUGCCAAAGGAGGGGUAUUCAAAUAUCAUCUUAGCAGAGGCCGUUAUCCUGACGUAGCAGCUGGAAUCGAUUUUGACCCUUCAUUCAACUUGGAUAGCUUACAGACUUUGCAUCCAAUAUGUCCUUGUGAGAAGUGCCGUAAUUUCUUGGUAAGGACUCCCAAUCUUAGGAAGCUCGGAUUUCAUGGAGAACUAAUAUGCAAUGAUUUUGUUUUGAUGCUCCCCGACCUAGAGUUCUUGAAUUGCCUCGAGACACUCAGUUUUAACCAAUGCCGCAUUCCGAUUGAGGCAACUACCCUUCCGGCAGAGCUGAAGUUUCCUCCGACUGUUACACGACUAACUUUGGGGAAUACGUGCUUAAAGUGGGAGGAGCUAUCAAUCCUCCAAACCUUGCCGAGCCUUGAGGUUCUCAAAUUAUUAGAGCGGGCCUGUCAGGGACCAAUUUGGAUCACAAGUGAAGUUGAGGAGGGGUUCUCUCAACUCAAGUACUUGAGGUUGCAGGAACUGGACAUCAAAGAAUGGAAUGCUUCUGAAGAUCAAUUUCCGAGACUUGAGGUCUUAGUGGUUAAUCAUUGCACACAUCUGAAGCAGAUUCCGAUUGAGUUUGCUAAUCUAAACGAACUUUGCGAAAUUGAGGUAAUUAGGUGCAGUCGCUCUGCGGAGAAAUCGGCCAAGGAGAUUCUGGAAGUGCAAAGAAAUGCAAGAGGAGAUGAUGAUUGCAUAAAUCUCUUGGCCAAAUAUAAUUAUUAUUAGUUGGAACCACGACAGAAGUGACUGUCCAUGCAUUUCUCAUAAACCUCGGUUUUAAUUUCUACUGUCUAUGCUAUUGGAUAAUGGUAAGCUAAAUUUUGUGGGCCUGGUGUGUGUGCAAGGUGACAGGCAGAGAGUGAGGUGAGAGAGUAAUGAGAGUGCCAAAUGUGUGAAGUGGGGGGUUUGUAUAAUAGAGAGCUUUGUGUGGCUGUGUGUCAUU